GGUGCUGGGGCUGGCACUGGCAUGCUGUGCUGCAGCACUGCGAGGUCCCCGCUGCAGUGGGCUUCCCGGGAACGAGGGACACAAGAUGAGGAAGCUGAGGCCCAAAGAAGUUAUGCCACUUGGUUAAGGUCCCACAGCUGGUCAGAACCAGAUCUUGGAUCAGAAGCCUGGUUCCGGGCCGCUCCUGGCUCCCUGCUCUCCUAAGGCCACCAGCCCAGCAGAAGAGGUAAGGGCCCCAGUGCUUCGUUUGAAAGAGGGCGAGUCCAGCACAGUUGGGGUCCGUCUUUCGUCUCCUUCCUGCUCCUGACCAAGUGGGGCGAGACUUCCCGACAGCAUAUGACACACAGAAGGCCCCGCCCGCGACAUGGAGUCCAGUAAGAAGAUGGACUCCACUGGCCCCCUGCAGACCAACCCUCUGCUGAAGCUGACCUCUGACCGCAGCGUGGGGGCAGCUGUGUUUCUCCCCGAGCAGGGGGGCUACAAGGAGAAGUUUGUGAGGACCGUAGAGGACAAGUACAAGUGUGAGAAGUGCCGCCUGGUCUUGUGCAACCCGAGGCAGACGGAGUGUGGCCACCGCUUCUGCGAGACCUGCAUGGCCGCCCUGCUGAGCUCUGCCAGUCCCAAGUGUACCGCCUGUCAAGAGGGCAUCAUCAAAGAUAAGGUGUUUAAGGAUAAUUGCUGCAAGAGAGAGAUCCUCGCCCUGCAGACCCACUGUCGGAAUGAGAGCCGGGGCUGCACGGAGCAGCUCACCCUGGGCCAGCUGCUGGUGCAUUUGAAAAACGAUUGCCAGUUUGAAGAACUCCCAUGUAUGCGGGCUGACUGCAAAGAAAAGGUGUUGAGGAAGGACCUCCGGGACCACGUGGAAAAGGCCUGCAAAUACCGAGAGGCCACGUGCAGCCACUGCAAGAGCCUGGUUCCCAUGAUCACCUUGCAGAAACAUGAGGACACAGAAUGUCCCUGCGUGGUGGUCUCCUGCCCACACAAGUGCAGCGUCCAGACGCUUCUGAGGAGUGAGUUGAGUGCACACUUGUCAGAGUGUGUCAAUGCCCCCAGCACCUGUAGUUUUAAGCGUUAUGGCUGCGUUUUUCAGGGAACAAACCAGCAGAUCAAAGUGCACGAGGCCAGCUCCGCGGUGCAGCACGUGAACUUACUGAAGGAGUGGAGUAAUUCCCUGGAGAAGAAGGUGUCCUUGCUGCAGAAUGAGAGCGUGGAGAAAAACAAGAGCAUUCAAAGUCUGCACAACCAGAUCUGCAGCUUUGAGAUCGAGAUCGAGCGGCAAAAGGAAAUGCUGCGAAAUAACGAAUCCAAAAUCCUUCACUUGCAGCGAGUCAUCGACAGCCAAGCGGAGAAGCUGAAAGAGCUGGACAAAGAGAUCCGUCCCUUUCGGCAAAACUGGGAGGAGGCGGACAGCAUGAAGAGCAGCGUGGAGUCUCUGCAGAACCGCGUCACGGAGCUGGAGAGCGUGGACAAGAGUGCAGGCCAGGCUGCGCGCAACGCGGGCCUGCUGGAGUCCCAGCUGAGCCGGCACGACCAGAUGCUGAGCGUCCACGACAUCCGGCUGGCCGACAUGGACCUGCGCUUCCAGGUCCUGGAGACAGCCAGCUACAACGGCGUGCUCAUCUGGAAGAUCCGAGACUACAAGCGUCGGAAGCAGGAGGCUGUCAUGGGCAAGACCCUGUCGCUGUACAGCCAGCCCUUCUACACGGGCUACUUCGGCUACAAGAUGUGCGCCCGGGUCUACCUGAACGGGGACGGCAUGGGCAAGGGGACGCACCUGUCGCUGUUCUUUGUCAUCAUGCGCGGAGAAUACGACGCCCUGCUCCCCUGGCCCUUCAAGCAGAAAGUGACACUCAUGCUGAUGGACCAGGGGUCCUCGCGGCGCCACCUGGGAGACGCAUUCAAGCCUGACCCCAACAGCAGCAGCUUCAAGAAACCCACGGGCGAGAUGAACAUCGCGUCGGGCUGCCCGGUCUUUGUGGCGCAGACUGUCCUGGAGAACGGGACGUAUAUAAAAGAUGACACCAUUUUUAUUAAAGUCAUAGUGGAUACUUCAGAUCUGCCCGACCCUUGAUGAGUCGCCCCGCGGGAGCUGGAGCAGCAGCAGGUAACUCCGCUGGGGAGGGGGUGGGGGGGGGCGGAGGCUUGCACCGGUCUGUCUUCACCGUGGUCCUCGUGUGGAGCAGGACCUUGUGGAAUGGUGGCAUGGCAGAAGGCGGUCCGGCCGGCAGGAGGAUCCCGUGUCUCCCUCCCCCACCCCCACCCCCCCAACGUUUCCCCCACAGACUCGCCCCACUCACCUUCUGCGGAGGCAGACGCUGCUGCCAGAGGAGGCGCUCACGUCCAUUUCUAAAGAUCUCGUCCAUAAAGUGGAAAGACGUAUAUGCUACACAAAAGAAAGCGGACUCUUCUUCCUUAAACUUGAACACCAAACACAAAGGAGACAUGAGAAAAACAAAACUAACCCAAAGCGUACACGCCCGUGGGGUAGCUGGACACGUAGCCUGUUUUCCGUCAGAGAAGGAAGUGUGCAGUCCGUGCGGUGCCAGUGUGGCAGCCCUCAACGCGAGCGCCGGCUCGCCUCCAGUCUAGCACAUCGUCUCGUUCGGGCCUCGCCUGGUCUCUGUUCUCACCGUUGGUUUUGUCAGAAGACCCCGAAGUACACCUCGGUCUUUCCUUUUAGUAUUAUGUUUGUUGUUAUUUUAUUUUUUUAAGUCUCUAAAUUCAGAUUCCAAUCCUUAUUUUAAUUUCAAGUUCUACAGAGAAUUGUUAGGGCAAACAUUUUAUUUCAAAACGUUGGCAGACUGCUGUUUCUUGGAGGAAAGUGAAAGCCCACCCAACGCGGGUCUUCACUUGUGAUAGGGAAGAGAAUAUUCAAUCUGCUGUUAUUUCUCGUUAGAAAUGUAAACCUUCGAUAUCUGUUGUAGUCAGUGACACUACUGCAAAUUACUAUGAGAGGAAAACUGCUCAUG